AUGGAAGAAAAUGAAGAAGGCCAAAAGGAGCUCAACCAGAAUAUGGAGAAUCCUGCCACUAUCGAGGAGGAGAUUGACACUCAGGGCAAAAAUGCAGUCAGGGUAGAUUUGGGCAGGAUAAAAAGUGGAUAUAAAGGAAAGGUUCACAGUCAAUCAAACCUACCCAAUGUACUUAACGAAUAUGGGAUGGAAGAAAAGGAAAACAAAUAUAAGGAAUAUCGUAGAACGCAAAAGGAACGUCAACCGAAAAAGAUUGUGAAGGAACCAGAAGAAACAGAUAUCAAGGAAAAGCGACGCAAAAAGAGAGAGGAGAGGUACAUGCAUUUGAUGGAAGAGAGGCAGGGAAUGCCAGAAGGGAGCCAGUAUUUCUCUAAAAAAGUGUCACACAUGAUGACAAGGCUGCAUACACCUCGGGAUGAUACACACCCAGUGGGGGAUCCAGAGGAUUUGGUAAGGCCAGAAAGACAGAUAUUCAAAAAGAAAACGGAGAAACAUAUGUUGACUACCAACAGUGACUUCCUCAAGGACAUGCCCAAGUCUGAUGUGGCAAAGGUUGUGGAGCUGCAGGACAAGUUAAUGAAGGAAGGAAAACUGAAAACACAAUAUGAUAUUGACAAAUUCAGAGAAGAUUUGAAAAAACCAGAAGUCUUCAAUUCAUAUUUUAAAAAUCCAAAAACUUCAGAUGCUGGGUCUGUAGCAGCCAGUACUGUCAUGAGUUUACCCAAAGUUCCUCCCUCAAAUCCUCGUGUUCUUGGUCACAUCACAGAAGCAUCACGGCCACCCACGAGGGAGGAAUGGGCUGUAACUCACCAAUUUGCAGCCAGAUAUGAUGAGCAAGCAAAAGCAGGAACCUCUAAAAAGCAAGGGAUCUUUGACCUCGAAAAACGUUUCCCAAAGCCCCAGAUGCCAGCACUGAAGUGUUCCACCUUGGACUUUGGAGAGAAGCCUGCAGACCCAGAAGAGAUGCAAAGGCAGGCUGAACUGAAGGUGCGGAUCAAGCAAAGGAAGAAAUUUCUUCGAAAAUUGCAUCGAAUGCAUCAAAUGGCAAUGGCACAUAGUGCUGCAGCUAGCAGAAUAAUGGAAAACCAUAGUGAGUUUGGUGGUAUACUGGAUGGAAAUUCACUUCGGGAUGUGUAUUUGUCUUCUUGUUUUCAGGCGUCUGUGUAUAGUGGAAUGCAGAAUCUUAUAUCAGUGCUGCCUGCUCCUGAGGAUGAGUACAUCUCCCAGCAAGACCUCCAGGUAGCAGAGAUUGGUGGUCAGCUGAUGCAGGAUGACCACAGUGGGGGAUCUUCUAGUAACAGCAGUAUUCACUCACGGACCUCUCUACAAUCCAGAAGUAGCCUCCGUUCCCGUGGGAGUCUACAGUCUAGAGGGAGUAAGGCUGUCAGUACACCAGGGCUUCGCAGAAUGUUGCAAUCUAGAGAAACAAGUCGCCCAAAACCAGCACCACUGCCCCUCACCAUGGAUGAAAUCAGAGGCAAGACAAAGGUCAUUGAGGCAAAAUGUCUGAGUAGCAACUGGAUGAACUACAUGAAAGCUGGAAAAAACAUCGAGACAUCAUAG